AUGAUAGAAAAAGUUAAAAAAAUUGUCGCACAUUUUAAGCGUAGCACCCAAGCCAACGAGAAAUUCAUGAAGUACCAAAGCAACCAUUUGAGAAUUGAACAGCCAAAAAAACUGGUCAUGGAAGUGGUCACAUGGUGGAACUCGACAUACCUCAUGAUAAAAAGAUUUAUCGAGCUCAGAGAGGCCGUCAAAGCUACUACAGCAGUGAUAAAUAAAGAGUGGCCAAUCGUGUCGCAAGAAGAGUGGACAAACCUUGAGUUGUUGGUAAGUGUUUUGGCACCAUUUGAAGAAAUCACUUCUAGUUUGAGUGGUCAGAACUAUGUGACUGGGGGGUUAGCAAUAGUUUUAUGUAAUAGCCUUCGCGAUAUUUGCCAAGAGAUGCUACAAAACAGACACUACAUAGACGCUGAAAUAGUACAAAAUGUUUUAAUAAAAUUGAAAAGUGGUCUUGACUCACGGUUCCAGAAUAUUGAACAAAGCAAGACUCUGGCUUUGUGCACGUUGUUGGACCCUCGCUUUAAGUUGGAGAUGUUUAAAUCUGAUACCAACAAAAAUCCUAUAAAGGAAUAUUGCCACGAGAUAAUGGCAGACAUUUUGUCACGACAGGUCCCAACUACAAUACAAGUAGCUCCUAGUGCAACUGUUUCUGGAUCAAGCGUGUGGAAUGAAGUAGACAGUCAGUUAAGCAAGACUAGAGGGUUUAUCCAAAGCAAUCAGGGAGAUGCGGUUGUACUUGGAAGACGAAAUUUUGCCCCGGCAAAACGUUGA